UGCUCACUGCUGCCUUGUGAAUAGAUUUAUGGGAUGCUGCUGUCAGAGCUGCUCAUAAAAGGGUCAGUCUUUCCUGAGGCCACUUUGCAAGAGAUGAAGCGAUGAACAUCUUAUUGGUUGGUCUAUCUCUUGGAUCAUCAGUACGCAAACUGAAGAUGUUUCUGACUUUGUUCCUCAUUGUUCUUGGGACACAGACUUCUAUAACACAGAAACCUGCCUCUGAGUCUACAGAUGUUGUCCUUUUGAUUGACAGCUCAAAUGCUCUUGGCAGAAAGUCCUUCCCUUCUGUGAAAUCAUUUGUUAACAGAGUAAUCAGUAGUCUGCCAGUAGGCCCAAACAAAUAUCGUAUUGCACUUGUGCAGUACAGUGAUGAUGUGCAGAUUGAAUUCCGACUGGAUGAUUAUAAGGGCAGAACUCCCAUGUUAAACUACCUUAAAAAGAAUGUGUUGUACAGGGGUGGGUCUUUAAGGACUGGGAAUGCCAUACAAAAGGUCCAUGAAACAUUUUUCGAAGUCCCAAGAAAUGAUAGAAACCAAGUUGUGGUGGUCACAACUUCAGGUCUAUCAGAAGAUGAUGUGAAGGGACCCGCUAAAAGGCUGCAGGAUGAUGGGAUCAAAAUAAUAGCUUUAGGAAUGCAGGCUGCAUCUGCCCAGGAACUACAGUCAGUGGCUACACAACCCUUUUUCUAUAACUUUGCUACACCAAAGGAUCUUGCAGCAUUUUCUCAAAACAUGUCCACAGUUAUUGGAGAAGCUAUACAAAUGGAUAAUGCUGUGAUCAUCUCAACACCUAGUCCACCAAGUGUGAUCAUCUCAACACCUAGUGCACCAAGUGUGACAGUAAAUGAUAGCAAGGUGUCCCCACAAGUUCCACAGUGUCUACGUGAUUCAGUUGCAGAUAUAGUAUUUGUGGUGGAUGAAGGCGUUUCCCAUGAAAACUCCCGUUAUGUUGCAUCAUUUUUGAGUGACACAAUAAACUCGCUCGAUGUGAAGGAAGGAUGUAUACAAACUGGCCUAGUGACUUACAGCACUGAGCCGCAAGUAAUAUCGUUACUAAAGACUGAAACAAACAAAACUGAUAUUCUGCAGAAAAUUCAGACCUUUUCGCCAAGGCCAGGGAAAUCUAACUUGGGUGCUGCCAUUAAUAUUACCAGGAAAAGAAUUUUUGAUCAACAUGCAGGAAGCAGAAAGACUCAAGGAGUGGAACAAAUAGCCACUGUUGUCACACACAGAUCUUCAAAUGACUCCGUAAGUGAGGCAGCUACUCUUCUCAGACAGGCUGGUGUGACAGUAUUUGCCAUAGGCAUUGAAGGAGCUAAUGCUACCCAGUUAACUGAGAUCGCAUCAUAUCCACCUGAACGAAAUGUUAUAAAACUUCCCAAAUUUUCUGACCUGCCAAGUCAGACCAAGAUUUUCCAAAAGAAACUCUUCAACCGAAUACAGCACACACUUUAUGUCCAAUCUGAAAGAAGAAUACUGCUCAAAACAGGAUGUAUGGACACAGAAGAGGCUGAUAUUUACUUCCUCAUUGAUGGUUCUUCAAGCAUUCACUGGUCAGAUUUCAAUGACAUGAAAAAUUUUCUGAAGGAAGUGGUUAACCUCUUUAAUGUUGGACCUGAUCAUGUUCGAUUUGGCGUUGUUCAAUAUUCAUCUUCUUCUUCUAUUAAAUUACACUUUAAACUUGAUGAUUACACUAAAAGAAACUCUUUAGAAAAAGCUAUUAAUAAUAUCAACCAAUUAGGAGGAGAUACAUAUACUGGAAAAGCUUUAAUAUUCAUGCUACCUUUGUUCGAAAAGGCAAGGCAACAACGUGGAAACAAAGUACCCUGCCAUCUUGUUGUGUUGACAGAUGGAGAAGCCCAUGAUAAUGUGAAGAUACCUGCCGAGAUGCUGAGGAAUGCAAAGGUGAACAUCUAUGCCAUUGGUGUAAAAGAUGCUAAUAAAACACAACUGCAUGAGAUUGCAGGCUCAAGGGUUUACUCUGUGCAACAAUUUGACUCCUUGAAAGAUAUACAAGCUGAGAUUGUCCGAGAUUUAUGCACUGAGGAAGCCUGUAAGGAAAUGAAAGCGGACAUCAUGUUCCUAGUGGACAGCUCUGGUAGCAUUGGUUAUGCGAAUUUUAACAAAAUGAAGAAUUUUAUGAGUGAUCUGGUAAACAAAUCUGACAUCGGCUUAGAUCAAGUACGCAUUGGUGUUGUCCAGUUCAGCGGCAACGCUAAAGAAGAAUUUCCACUAAACAAGUAUUCAGCAAAAAGUGACAUAAUUGACGCUAUUGAAACAAUGGUAGCCAUUGAAGAGAACACGCUCACUGGGCAAGCACUGGAAUUUGUGGCUGAGUAUUUCAAGCAAUCCAAAGGAUCACGAUCCUCUGUGAACAAAAUUCUCAUCUUGCUGACAGAUGGAGAAGCACAAGAUGAAGUAAAAACUCCUGCCAUGGCUCUGAGAGAGGGUGGUAUCACUAUCUAUUCGGUUGGGGUGUUUAAUGCCAACAAAACACAGCUUGAAGAGAUAAGUGGGAAACCUGAGUUGGUGUUUUAUGUGGAGAAUUUUGAUGUUCUGGAGAAGAUAGAAGGUGACAUCAUUUUUGGCAUAUGUAAUCCCUAUGACGAAUGCAAAAGAUUAGCACGUCUAGAUGUUGUAUUUGUAAUAGAUAGUUCUGGCAGUAUAGGUGAUACAAACUACCGCCUCAUGCAGGACUUCAUGAUUGGCUUGGUCAAUAAAUCUGAUGUUGGCAGUGACCGUGUUCAGUUUGGAGCUCUGAAGUAUUCCGACAGCCCAGUGAAACUGUUCUACCUUAAUGCCUAUAAUACAAAGUCAGCUAUCAUUUCAGCCAUCCAAAGUGACACACUUUUGAGUGGAAAUACGUACACAGCUCAGGCUCUUACAUACUCAGAGUCAUUCUUUGCUGAGGAACAUGGAAGUCGCCACCACAGGAAAGUUCCUCAGGUUCUUAUAGUGAUCACUGAUGGCGAGUCACAUGAUGCAGAUAAACUCGAUGAAGUGUCUAAAAGACUCAGGGCCCGUGACAUUCAGAUUUAUGCCAUUGGGAUAAAAGAAGCAAAGACAAAUGAACUUCAGACCAUGGCAGGACCAAACAAAAAGUAUUACUUUGUGGACCAGUUUGAAGGACUAGGAAACAUUACCACAGAAUUAUCAGAUGAACUGUGCAAUGAUUCAAAGCCAGAAUGUGAAGUCCACGCUGACCUUGUUUUCCUGAUUGAUGGCUCCAGAAGUAUAUGGCCACUUGAUUUUGACAAAAUGAAAACUUUCUUGAAAGAACUGCUUGAUCAGAUUAGUUAUAACAAGAACAUGCAAGUUGGCAUGGCCCAAUUUAGCGACAACUACAAUGAAGAAUUUCCUCUUCAUGGUAACUCUAGCAAAUCAGAGCUGCAAGAAAAAAUCUCUAAUGUAUCAAUGAUGAAAGGUGAAAGCACUUAUAUUGGAAAAGCUCUAAAAGAAGUGAAGACCUUUUUCAGUCCAUCAAGACGCAGAAUAACUAGACAUAUUCAGCCAAUGCUGCUGGUUAUCACUGAUGGAGAAUCAGAUGAUGAGGUGGCUCAACCAGCCGAAGACUUGAGAAAGGAAGGUGUGGAGAUAUAUGCGAUAGGAGUAGGGGAAGUUAAAGACAUAACACUUCAAAAGAUAGCUGGAUCCCCAGAAAGGAAAUACAAAAUUGCUAAUUUCCCUGGGUUGAAAAAUAUCAAAAAGCGCAUCACUAAUCAAAUGUGUAAUGGUGGAGUUAAAGCAGCAUGUUUUGUGGAUAUCGUUAUGGGGUUUGACAUUUCAUCCCAAAAGCCAGGGGAUCCUUUAUUCCAUGGGCAUCCCCUGCUGGAAGCCUACCUUCCUAAGAUUUUAGAAUACUUGAUCACUGUAAGCACUGUAAGCUGCAGUACUGGAACAAAGACACAGUUCAGCGUGGCAAUUUCUCAGGAAAACAUGAACACAACUCUUUCAUCAGACCUCCAAGUUGACCAUAAAAAAAUCAUGGAGGAACUCAGAAAAGUUACAGUCAAGAAUCCAUCUCAUCUCAAUGUUGCAUUCUUGGGCACACUUUGGAAAACAUUUGAAAAUCUACCUCACAAUGAAAAACGUAGCCAGGUGCUACUUCUUUUUUCUGAUGGCUUGGACGAUGAUGUAAAACUGCUCCAGCAAAAAUCUGAAGAAUUUAGAAAAAAAGGACUUGAUGGACUGAUAAUGGUUACUCUGGAAGGAACUAGCAACUUUCAUAACUUCCAACACAUUGAAUUUGGAAAAGGAUUUGGAUAUACUAAUCAUUUGACAAUUGGCUCGCAAAGUAUUGCCAAAAGCUUGUUUGAGUAUAUGGCCCAAAUCGCUGAAAGAACAUGCUGUUGUGUAUUUUGUACAUGCAUGAGGGAAGAAGGUCCCGCUGGACCAAGAGGCAGUGUAGGGCCAAAGGGAUAUACUGGUAUUAACGGCAUUCCGGGAUAUGUAGGAGAUGAUGGAGAACCAGGUCCCAGUGGACCCCCUGGACUAAAUGGACAGCAAGGCUAUGCGGGAUGCCAAGGUGAUCAAGGAGAAAAAGGGCAGCAAGGAUGGCGUGGAAAAAAGGGAGACAACGGGAUCGAUGGUGUUGAUGGAAUUAAUGGAGAAGAGGGAUCACAUGGACUUGCAGGACCAAAAGGAGAAAAGGGAGACCCUGGCCUGCCGGGUAUCACAGGUUCAAGAGGACUUCCUGGUGAACAUGGUCCGAAAGGCUUUCAAGGAGAUCCUGGUAAUCCUGGAGUGGACAACCACAAUAAUGGAGCAACUGGACCCCAGGGGUUACAAGGGAACAAGGGUGAAAGAGGACCAAAAGGCCUAGCAGGCCCUGCAGGUCCUGUAGGAAAUGAGGGAGCUGAGGGACAAAGAGGAUCUCCAGGGCCACCGGGGGAGAACGGAGCACCUGGUCCAGAUGGUUUGCCAGCCCAACAAGGAUUUCAAGGCCCACAGGGGGAAGCUGGAAUUCCUGGCAUGAAAGGACUGAAGGGAAGCACAGGAAAUAGAGGUCUUCAGGGAAGCUUGGGAAAGGCAGGCCCUAAAGGGGAUGAAGGAAAACCUGGACCCAGAGGAAAUAAAGGAGAAACUGGGGAUCCUGGAAAGAAAGGAGAAAUAGGCCCCCGUGGUCAGCAGGGAAUGAAGGGGGAUGCAGGAACUGCUGGUUAUGGCAGACGAGGAAGAAAAGGAUCAAAGGGACAUGAAGGAUGCCCUGGAGACACUGGAAUUCAGGGUGAAACUGGAGGUGCUGGCAUUUCUGGGGAACCUGGUCCAAAAGGGAAUAGAGGAAAAAUGGGUCCUGUGGGGGAAACUGGUAUAAGAGGUGCUCCAGGAGAAAGGGGUUAUCCAGGACGUCUGGGUGCAAAAGGAACAAAGGGACUGGCCUCAUUUUUGCCCUGUGAACUCAUUGAGUAUGUGCGUGAACACAGCCCUUGCUGGGAAGGAGCACAAGAAUGUCCAGUCUAUCCCACUGAAUUAGUGUUUGCCUUGGAUAUAUCCCAAGAUACGACCCUUGCAGUAUUUGAACGAAUGAGAGAGAUCUUAAUCACAAUUGUGAACAACACUAGAAUCAGGGAGAGCAAUUGCCCUGUGGGAGCCAGAGUAGCUGUUGUGUCCUACAACUCCAAUACCCAUCAUCUGAUCCGCUUCUCUGAUUUUAAGAGCAAGAAAUUGUUGCUUCAAGAGCUCAGGAGUCUUUCCUACCAGAGAUCCUCAAGUGGACGGGACAUUGGUGGAUCGAUGAGAUUUGUUGCCAGGAAUGUUUUCAAGCGAACUCUCCCAGGUGCUAAUAUGAGAAAAGUUGCUGUGUUCUUCAGCAAUGGUCAAUCUGCUAAUACAGUUUCAAUCAACACUGCGGUCCUGGAAUUCAGCGCAUUAGAUAUCCUUCCAGUGGUCAUUGCUUUUAAAAAUGUUCCUGAGGUCAACCGUGCCUUUUCGAUGGAUGACUCAGGACUGUUUCAGGUUAUAAAUAUUCAUCAGGAGGGAGAUUAUACGCCAGCUGUACAAAGAUUCCAGCUGUGCAUACUUUGCUAUGACAAAUGCAGGCUGAACACAUCUUGCCUACGUGACAAAACCUCCUUGCCACCAGCUUAUGUAGAUGCUGCUUUUGUUUUGGAAAGUUCAAGGAAAGUUAGCCCUCUUGAAUUUGUGAAGCUGAAAGAUUUUCUAAGCUUAUCCCUUGACAACUUUGACAUUUCUGCUCAACCAGAAAGCACUUUGAUAGGUGACAGAGUGGCUGUGUUGAGCCAUGCUCCACCAGAUUUCAGGCCUCAAACACAAAAGAGCCCAGUUAAGAUUGAAUUUGACUUGGUGGCCUAUGAGAGUAAGGAGCAGAUGAAGAGGCAUAUCCAAGAAUCUAUCUGGCAGCUGAAUGGAACAGCUGCUCUUGGCCAUGCCAUACAGUGGACCAUCACCAAUGUCUUCACAGAAGCAUCCAACCAGAGGAAACACAAAGCUCUCUUUGUGAUAUCUGUGGGGGAAACAAGUCGAUGGGACAAGGAAGUGUUGAAAGACGCAGCCCUGAGAGCCAAGUGCCAAGGCUAUGCUCUGUUUGUGGUCUCAUUAGGACAUGAUUAUGACAGUGUAGAGCUUGGGGAACUGGCCAGCAGACCCAUGGAGCAUCACCUGGUACAGCUUGGGAGAUGCCACAAGGCUGAACUUGGAUACGCAGUGAAGUUUCUGAAGCCAUUUCUACGUCUUCUCCGGAAUGAAAUCAACAGCUAUCCACCAGCACAGCUCAGGAGAAGAUGUUCAAGCAUCAGCACCCAGGAGCCCAUCUAUGUCCCACUACAGUCCAGAUACAGCUUUGCAAUGGAUGAGACCAAGUCAAAGAGAGCAAAGAGUCGAGAGACUGGACCUGCAGUUUUGGAGCAUUUGCCUGGAGAGUCAGUAUCCCCUGAACAUUUCAUCAGCAGCCCACAGCAGAUCGCUGUAAGAAAGAGUUCUGUGACAAUAUUGUGCAAAAAUACGUAUAAGAGAAAAUGA